GAUGAGGAGGCCUGGCGAUUGAGCCAGAUGGACGGCAGGAACUAAGGAACAGAAGCUGUGGGGACAGAAAAGUGUGCUGUGCCAGCACUGGGAGGCUGUUCCAGACCCCUUCUAAGUUUUGAAAUUUUACCAGGCAUUGUUCACACACCAUCCAGGUUUUCUCUGUAGUAAUCAUAGCCAGAAACUUGUUUUAUUUUUUAAUAUGAUAGUCGUGGUUCUCAGAAAGCUAGAAUUUCAUCAGAGUUAAGAGUUCAUGGAUCAGUUUCAUAUAUUCACAAAAUACACAUGACCUUUUGUGCAGGUAACCCAUGCAGCUGUCUGGGCUCUACAUCUGAAGGAGUUUGGCAGCUGCUCAUAAUUAAAAUAUAAAAUGUUUGGAUGGGCCUUUAUGCCAAUAGGACCUUCUUCCCCAGUAGUAUGGGUCCCAAUAACGUGGAUGAAGUACAGGUUCCCCAGGUAGUCUAUCCAGCACUUUGGGCUCCUACUUAUUACACAGUUUGCUAAAUGAUUCUAAUCCAUUAUCUGUGUUUUCAUAAUGCAUCAGUAGCUGCAGGAGCAAUAUAUAGGACCCUGAAGAAAUAUGAAGGAGGCCUCUUUGGACUGAAACAGCUGGAAACUGAGCAAGUACAUUGCCCAGCAUCUUGAAGGACCAAGCAACACAUCUUCUGCAUCUGUGCACAUGGAACACUUUGCUAGUUUGCACCAGUCAGACAUUUGCAGCAGUUUGCCCCAUUGGCAUCUUAGUGAGGCAGCAAAGCUGUGUGGUUUACAAAGAAAAUCAAUAGCAAGGUCAGAGAAGCUUCCUGGAUGGCCUUUACUGUGUCCAUCUGUCUAAAGGAAAAGUGAACUAUUGACUAGUUCCCCCUUGAGAUGACUUUGAUAGAUCUCUUCAAGUAACGAUUAAUGCAUUUCCCAUUAUAGAGCCAGCAUAGUUCUUACGUUGUUCUACCUUGAUCAUACAAGGACUCCAAAGCGAUGUGUGUGUUUUCCCUUGGGGAUCACUAUUCAUAUGCUCACGUUCCUCCCUUGUUCCUGUCCUCUCGCCCCCACCCCCAUUUAUGCAUUAUUGACUUUUUGAUCUAUAAAUCUAUAAGUGCUUCUGAACUGGAGCUUUGUUGCCUUCAGUUAUGCCCCCAGAGGAUUAUCAGAACUUAGGCAGCUGACCUUGCAAUGCUGCAAAUCCUGGAGAUGGCUACAUCACUCAAAGAAUCAGCACACUAAGUUUUCCAUCAGGCUCCUGUGUACUUCCCCACACAUUAUGUUGACCUGUAUCAUCCCUGGGGCAAGCAUAGCCUGUUCACAGCAUUCCAAUCACCCCACUUCUACAAAGGAAGGCAAGAGCAAAGGUAGCUUGUUGAACAAGGUCUUGCUCAGAGCCUGGAGAACUGGACUCUGAUGCCAGCUCCGAUUUAGCUUCCCUGGGUGGCUUUGAGCAAGUUGCAAAUAGCCUCAGUUUGCACCUCUGUAAAAUGGUACUAAUAUUGGCUUGCAUUAGAGGAUGAUUGUGAAGAUCAAUGUUAUUUAGGGAGUGGUGAUCAUAGAAUUGUAGAUUCGGAAGGGAGCAAAGCUCCAAACCAACUCAUCAGUGGAUUUAGGUCCUAACAACCUCCAAAGCAACUUGGCUUGGCUUGGAUUGCCUAAUAAUAAUAAUAAUUACAGUGGUACCUUGGUUUACGAAAUUAAUCCGUUCCAGAAGUCGGUUCUUAAACCAAAGCGUUCUUAAACCAAGGCGUGCUUUCCCAUAGCAGCAGGGGACUCAAUUUACAAAUGGAACACACUCAACAUGUUCUGCUUCCAAGGCAAAGUUCACAAACCAAAACACCUACUUCCGGGUUUGCUGUGUUCUUAAUACCAAGAUACCACUGUAUAUAGUAACAACAACAUAUAUAUAUAUAUAUACACACCCACACACACCCAUCUGACUGGGUUACCCCAGCCACUCAGAGCAGCUUCUAAAUUACAGGUCAGACUGUCCCUUAAGUGGUGACUACAGAUCUUGUCACAAAAUUGUACAUUACAGGACUAACUAGAUUUUAGGGCAUCUUGCUGCAGGGAAACUCCAUUUGGGCAAUGUAGUGAGUCAGUAGCCAACCACUUUGAAACAAAGAAAACCAAACACUAAGGGAGCUACUUUUAUUUUUUUAUUGAUUGGGAUUUUGUCUGGGAUUUGACAAUAUGCUCGAGGUUUUUUCAAAUACCCUUUUGAAUAAUAUUUUGUCCCAGUGACCAUUCACAAGAUCUCUUAAUACGAUGAGUUUCUCAUUGAAACACUUUAUUUACUGUUUUCCUGAACAAGGUGGCUAAAGAGUACAAUACUCUAAACUUCCAGAGAGUUGUUAAAAGGCAGAAUGUCAUAAAAUGUGAGGGGAAAAAGAUUGUUGGGUGGAUAAAUUAUGGUAGGCUUAUGAGAGCAUUUCAAAAUUUAAAAGCAGGGAAACAUGCAGCUCAGUCCUAUGCAUGUUUACUCAAAUGUAAUAAGUCCCACUUAUUUCACUGGGUCUUAUUUUUAAGUAAGGCGUAUAUGAGAUUGCAACUUUAGUUGUUGUUUUUCAUUUCAGGGGAGGGGGAUAGUGCAAGUGCUAAAUCAAGGCUAAAGAGAAGAGGUGUGUCUUCUCACAUGAAGCUCUAGUGGACCUUCAUGGCCACUGAGCAGCUCUCCUGCUGUUUGUGCCUUGUGUGUGACUUUUGUUAAUGUGGCAUACAAAUUCAUUAAAGCCAAAGUGAGCUACGUUUCAGCCAAAGUUAACACUGAGUGAAUCCAGACAGUACAAGCUGCAAAAUAAACACACAUAACAAUGCAUAUGCAAGUGAUUUGACGUUUCUUACAUGGAAAUUAUUCCCAUCUGUGGUAGAAACUCAUUAAGUGUGGCCCUUUGUCGGCCUUGUGUGGCAGCUGACUCAGCCAGAAGUGGUGCUGGAAGAACAGCUCCUUCACCUUCAGCCUUGAGCUCUGCUUGCGAAUCAGAAGGGAAGUGGAUGGCAGACCAAAGGGGUUUUGUGCAGGGACUCUGUGCCUGCAGAGAUGGGGGAAGGCCAGGUUGGCUCUGGGAAAGCAGCCCUGAGCAAGGACAGCCUCUCUCUUUGCAUUUCCCAAAGCUGCCUUGUGACAAAACAUGGCUCCAGCUGGAAGACUCAGCUAAAACUUCAUUUAAUUGCAAGGGGUUGAGUUCGGAGCAAAAGCUCCUCCAAAUUUCUUCCCCUGUGGCUUCUCCCUGACUCUCCAGUACAUCCACAGCCAAGAGAAGGGUUCCUCCCCUCCCUCAAUUUGUGUUGACUGGAAUCAGCUAAUUGCUGCUGAUCGCUGGCGCCAAGAUGGAGUUAGAGAGUCUGAAAUGCCAGGAGAUGUACACAUCCUGCUUUCCUCAUCUCAUUAGGCUGCUGACAGCAGCUGGGAUGCAUUUGUCUUCCUCCCACUUUUAUCUUAAUUGAUGAAGGGGAUGGGGGCUUCACUACAUGACAGGAGGAGAGUACAAAAGACAAAAUUGGGGACAGGCUGGGGCUGAGACGGAAAGAUGCCCCAGCAUUGGGCUUGCAAGCAAGAAGACACAGCAGCUGAGAUUAUGCAGUAUUUGGCAGGACCUUUAAAAUACGAGACCCAAAUGGAGAUUGUAGGGGGCAGGGACAGUUGCUCAGCCCAGCUUUUUAAAAAAUCCAUUAUUCAUAUAUUGCCUCCAGCUGCAGAUGCAGGUUUGAUAUGCAUUGCUUGUGCCUGCCAUAAAAGUAAACUGGCAGACAGCUGAGUUGUUUUUCAUACCUGAAGCUUAAAUCAGAUGAGUUAAGUUGGCCCCUAAAACCUACAUUGGCAAUAAGGUGCAUUUGGGUCUUUUUUGAAUUCUUUCCUGAAUUUAUGUACAUUCACAUGUGACACACACAUACAUAUUCAACUGACUCACUUGCUCUUCUUAGUGUCUUACACAAAAAUAAACAAAAGAAGCAGGGAAACUGAUGGAAUUGGUUUGCUGGUCACACAUGGCAGUGCUGUGUCCAGCCAAGAACACUCUUUAGAGAUGAGCCAAACACUAAAAGCAAUUUUUGGAUUUUGUAUGUUUUCUACAUUUGUCAUACAAGUAAGUACAUUUGAAUAUCUUGUUAAAUUUGCAACUUCCUGACUUCUCACGGGGGCUCCCCUUGAUAAUUUUUAAGCAAUUCAGAACAAGAUUUCAGAAUACAGAAUAUAUAUUAUUUAGGUUAAUUAACUUAUCCAGAAUGCCUUAUCUAUGAGACUUAGCAACUAGAGCACUGGCUGCCAGCAUCUCACUAUAGUUAUCUUACUUCUGUUAAUACAAUGAGAUGCAGUCAGCAGGUGCUCUGGUUUACUGACAGCUUUUGGUAGAUAGAGGCUGAGAGACAUGAGAUCCCCAGAUGAUCUUGCUACUUGAUUACUAAAGAGACUAUUCACCACUAAUUAUGGUUAUGUAGAAUCGCUGUUAUGAACGCCAUUCAUAAGAUUGCCAUUCAUACUCUAUGACAUUGAACUCUAUAUGUUGCAGUUUUCUGUCUGAAAAUAUCCUUUUGCUUAUUGUUUUAUAACUUUGCUGCUUUUGCAAAGAUAAAGCAAUCUUAAACUUCCAAUCCCCUCCCUGUCCGCACAAAGUAAGUCACUGACAUUCCCAUUUUACAGAAUAGAAAGUAACUUGUCCAGAACCAAAAAAUGACUUGGGCCAGACUUGGGCCUACUUCCCUGGACCACAAACUUUUUUUUUUAUUAUUACCUCAAGGAUACAGGAGCCGCUUCCAUACGGCUGGACCUCAUGUUGUUACACUAAUGCCAAUGUGAAAGGGUUGGCAACUGGCAGUGUCAAUAAACACUAAGUCAGGAGCAAAGUGGAAAGUUGCCCAAUUAGGACUCCUCUUCAACAGAUGUUAUAAGAGUAGUAUAGGACCCAGACAUGCACUCAGCAAAAGCAAUUUAGAACUAAUUCAUAAUUCAACUGUCUGUCCAUUGACUAGCUCAUUUUGGCUGUUCUCUUUCUGGUGCCCAUUUCUUUCCAUUUUACUCUUCCUUGUUUUUGAGUUAUGAGGAAGGGUAAACAACAGACCACUAGCCUAAUGCUGGAGAGAAGUACCAGAGGAAUCCCACUGCAUGGGUCAGAUAGCAGUUUGUCUGAAGACUUUGGUAAACUACUCACCCAAGAAGAAAUACUAUUCAGCCUGGGAAGUGGCUGACUGUGAUGCUGCCCUGAUCCCUGGGUCUGAGUUGAUGAAGCAGAAAACUCAUCCUGUUACAUCAGCCAGAUGUUUCUCAAUGGCCUGCAUAUUUGCUUCAUGUUUGUGUUCCACAGUGCACCUUUAAUUGCUAUCAGAUUUGUCUGAGGAAUUAGAAAAUGGGAGAGGGGAGGAGUGGAUUGCCCUGGAUAGGACAACACAGGUUUUUUUGAAAUGGACAGAAAGAAAGCUGCUUCUAGUAAAGAGAAAAACAGCCUACCUGAGCAAGGAGAUGAAUACCCAGGGGCACAAUCCACAAUGAAUUUCCCAUGCAGAUGCCCCAUGGAAAUGAAUAGAAGAGUCAUUGGGUUGCAUCCACAAUGAAUGGACAUGACUAUCUUUGAUCUUUUCAUUUCAGUGGGUCAGCACUGAGUAAAAGUUAGUUGGAUACAACCCAUCUAUUUUUCUAACUACAAGGUAUUUUCUUGUAGGCACGAGAGAAUGUAGCUGUUUGAGAACUCUGCUCAAAGAUGCAUGUGAGGCAUUCAAAUGAUCACUCUCUUCUUACCUAUGAAAGCUACUUUUACCAUUUUGCUUUAUGGUGGAAGUGUCCAAACACUCUUGGUUUUCUCCUUUUGAGACUCUGGAAAUAGCUCUAAAGAACAGCCCAGGCUUGUGGCGUGGGUCAACAUUUUACUCCAUGUCCUCUGAAAAUAGCAAAUGGCUGCCAUUAGAACUUUGCUCACUGUUGUUUUUUUGUUUUGUCUUUCUAGCGUACAAAGAGAAAAUGAAGGAACUCUCUCUGCUUUCAUUGAUCUGUUCCUGUUUCCACACCCAGCCACACCCAAAUACCAUAUACCAAUAUGGAGGUAAGUAUCUCAUACUGCUGACCUGACUGAUCACUAAAAGUCAGGGUUAAAAACAAGUUAACCUAAAAAAAAAAAAAAAUACAAAUAGAAUCAGCAGCUAAAGUUGUAGGUUAUAAAAUAAAAUUAUGUAUUUAAAUAGAUGUCCAGCUUUUCAUAUCUGGGUAGGCUUACAGAUGCUGAAAGCUGUACUGCGAAGGUACCUGCCUAAUGUCAAUGACCAGGGAGUUCCAGAGGGUAACUGCUGCCACACUAAAAGAUCAAUUCCUUACAAGUGCAGAAUGAGCACUACUCAUAAAAGUGCCAGUUCUUCACUCAGAAGUGGUUGAAUGGGCAUGUAAUAUAUGGAGUAAAGGGACCCCUGACCAUUAGGUCCAGUUAUGACCGACUCUGGGGUUGCGUUGCUCAUCUCGCUUUAUUGGCCGAGGGAGCCCCGGCGUACAGCUUCUGGGUCAUGUGGCCAGCAUGACUAAGCCGCUUCUGGCGAACCAGAUCAGUGCACGGAAACGCCGUUUACCUUCCCGCCAGAUUUAUCUAUUUAUCUAUUUAUCUACUUGCACUUUGACGUGCUUUCGAACUGCUAGGUUGGCAUGAGCAGGGACUGAGCAAUGGGAGCUCACCCCGUUGCGGAGAUUUGAACUGCCGACCUUCUGAACAGCAAGUCCUAGGCUCUGUGGUUUAACCCACAGCACCACCCGCUUCCCGUAAUAUGGAGUAUGUGUGUUAAAUUAAGACAUGGCUGGCCAUUCUACAGGAGAUAAAGGGAUAGCAAGGCGGUUCCAGGGGCCUGCCAGACAACUGCCCACAAGUUCCCACUCUGCUCCAAUUCCAUUAGAAGGCCGCCAUUCUGAAGUAUAGCAAACAGAGAGGGAGAGGAAACAAAGCUCCUUUCACAAGCCUACUUUGACCCACUUUUUCUUCUAGAUUCUUUUGAUUAUUAUUUUUUAGUUUUUCUGUUGAGAAAGAUGUGAUAUAAAUAGAAUAAGUAAACAAAGCAAGUCAUUUCGCACAUUCAGUUGCAAGUCAUCAAGCAGUGAGUAAUCCAGUGAUGUACAUGCACAUGUGAUUCAAGCAUUUGUCUGCUUAAAUCCUACUGAAGCUGGUGGGAAUUUAGUGUCCCAACUGUGCUCAAGAUUGCAGCCUUGGUAUACUGUGGAGGUGUGCUAUUUUAUUACUGUAUUCGAAAUUCCAUAGAAUCAUAUUGCAAGGUUUUUUUUAGUGUCAGACAGCCUGUUUUGUGAUAGGAAAAAGGGAAGCAGACCUCAAGGGUGCACUAAGAACAAUAUAUUGAUCCAUGGCAUUUCUAUCAGUAAGUCUCAGAGAGAGCACAAGCUAUCUUUUGAAGAGAUUGGGUCAGUUCUUCAUGAACUUCAAAUUCCUAUUGCACCUUGGAAGUCUCCUCUCUUGCUGCCCUGCUUUCUUUCCUUCCCCUGCAGAGUUCAGCAUGCCUAAUACCUGCAAGCAAUGCAGGGUCUCGUUCAUUCCCCAAGAGUUGCUAGCCCACUGCAGAGGAUGAUAUAUCAUGAUUGGCAUUGGUGGCAUAGUCUGAAGCCACAGCUGCUGCACAACACUCACCUUAGCUGAUAACUUUCACUGGUUGCAGAGCAUAUGUACCAUUAGCAUGCAGAACUGAACCAGCUAUGCAGGAUUAGUUGCAACCAGCCUUAAUACUUAAGGAGGACUCUGCACUUUCGUAAAUCCUAAAGAUCCAUACAUGUGGAAAGAGUAUUUGAGAGACCAUUAGAACUGCUCCAGCUACAAUGAAGAAAAAGUUAUGACACAGCACAUUUAUUUAUUUAUUUAUUUAUUUGAUUGAUUGAUUGAUUGAUUGAUUGAUUGAUUUCUUACCUGCCUUUCUCCAUAAGGUUCCAGGGUGGGUUACAAUAAGUUAAAACGCAAUAUUGAAGUCAGUUAAAACAAUUUACAACCCAAAGACUAGGGUGGAUUCUAAAAUAUAUCUGCAUAUCUCAUGUGUCAAAGUCUAGGGUAAAGAGGUGCAUUUUCAGCAUGGCAAAAGGUAUGCAAUGAAGGUGCCAGAUGCACCUCUGAAGAGGAAAUGCCACAGCUUAAGAGCUGGCACACAGAAUGCUCUUUCCUGGGCCGCAACCCUCAGAAUAUCAAGAUGGCUCCCUCUGCUGAUCUUGAAACCUGAGAGGAUCUGCAAAGGAGGAGGAGGCAGUCUUUCAGAUAGUCAGGGCCUAAGCUGCUAGGACCUUACUUGACACUACAGUUCACACCCCUCCAUCCUUUUGGUACCUGUCUUCUUCUUGCUCAGAUAUGGAGGUCAAGCAGCUGGACAAGAGGGCUUCUGGCCAGAGCUUUGAAGUGAUUCUGAAGUCACCUUCUGAUUUGUCCCCUGAGAGCCCAGUCCUCUCCUCUCCCCCCAAGAAGAGGGACCUGUCCCUGGAAGAGCUGCAGAAGAGGCUGGAGGCUGCAGAAGAGAGGAGGAAGGUAAUGGGAUUGUCAAGGAAUAGCCAUUGAAGUGCCAUUGAAGAGAAUGCCUUCUAAGAAUACUUUGACUAGAGCUAAAAUCCUGUGCUGCUGAGGGCUUAUGAAAAUCCUUGCAAUUCUGUGGUUCAGAGUCUUCCAAAAUGUAUGUGAGCAGAGGAGAAAUGAAGACCUGUCCCUCUCUCUUGAAGGAGACUAACCAAGUCGUAAAUAAUUCUAGUGCAUUAUCAAUAACAUUAAGGGCUUAUGUGACUGAAGUGUUUCACUUAGUGAAUGCUGCAGCUUAUAGGAAAGAUCAUUACUGAAUAUUCAUACCCCAAUCCCUUUCUCAUUUCCACUCUGGUCAUGAGUAAAAUUACAUCUAGUGCAAAGAAACAAACUGGAAGAUUAGCUGACCCAGAAGGAAUAAAAAAAACUUAGUAAUGUUAAGAAACUGACAAAUCCUAGAUGGUAAUAUAAAUAAAUUCAGUGGAUAGAGAGCAAAGUUCCAGAUACCUGUUUUAUUUCCAAACACUACCCACCCGGUUUGCAGGUGUAAAUUUGGCUAAUGCAGCAUUGUAAACACAGGUAUUAUGAACAUUGAAACACCCGAUGUUUUAAACCAGGGGUCAGCAACCUAAGGCCCAUGGACCAGAAGCGGCCCGUGGAGGUCGUUUGACCGGCCCAUGAGCUGCCCCUGAACUGAGUUGCCCCCCUGCGCUAGACUCGCUUCUGCGGCGCCAAAAAUCGUGUCUGCGCAUGCACAGAAACUGGAAAUUGCAUCUGUGCACGUGCAGAUGCCAGAAAUCGCGGGUGUGUGCACUUGUGCAUGUGCAAUCCAGCCCACAGAGGGAUCUCCGCGGGACUGAUCUGGUCCAGGCAAGAUAAACCUUACUGACCCCUGUUUUAAACUAUUUAAAGGCUAUUAGAGAAACAGGAUAAACCUAUAAAGGCUCCACCACACAUGCAAGGGAGCUGAGCGGAGGGGAACGCAACAGAGGAACUGACAGGGCAGAGUAGCUAACCUCCAAGUAAAUUCCCUACCUCUUAUCAGGACCCCACCAAUUUUUGCAGCAGUGGGGAAAAGGAACACAGUAAAGUAGACAAGGAGGAAGGAUUGAAAGUCUCCACUCAAUCCAGCACCUUCAUGGGGGUGCAAUUUCCCCCCUUCCUAGACACCAGAACCAUCAUUUAAUGUGUAGAGAAGGGGUGAUAACCCCCUCUCCUUAGCUGAUCUACACAGAUCAGCAGAGGAGCAGGACUCGUGUGUCCUGUACACAGUGGUGGUGAUCACACCCACAUUGUUACGCAGCCUCUGGGGGUUAAGCCACUCCUGCAAUAAGAACAUGUGUAAUAGAUACCAUGUACAAUAUUAUCUGGUAUGGGGUAGCCAGGCAUUGUGAUAAACUCCACCCAAAAAGAUGAUGCACAGGCACAUUGACCGACAGUUGGCUAUUCAGGAGCCUUUUCAUCUAAUCUGGUUUGCUGGUUGCGUUGUAGAGCCAGGAGGCUCAAGUCCUGAAGCAGCUGGCGGAAAAGCGGGAGCAUGAGAGGGAGGUGCUGCACAAGGCCUUAGAAGAGAACAACAACUUCAGCCGGCUGGCUGAGGAGAAGCUCAACUACAAGAUGGAGCUGAGCAAGGAGAUCCGUGAAGCUCAUCUAGCUGCCUUGAGGGAGCGGCUCCGUGAGAAGGUAGGUGCCAGAGGCUCACACCAAACAAAUCCCACACUUCCCAGUAUCAUUUCUCAUAUGAAGAACAUGCCCCAGCUCGUUUCAUAUCACAGGUGAUUCCAGGGACCAUGAGCCUCCUCUGUGGAGCCCCUUUGUUCCAUUCAAAGGCACCUUAAAGACUGUGUUAACAAAAUGAACUCUACUUUUUGCUGCAGCUGUUGCAUGUUGAGAAAAAAUUUAAUAGUCUCAUACAUUAGAUUGAGGGUGCACAAAGCCCGUUUCCCAACUCCUGUAUGCAGCAAAUGUCUGGCAUAAUGGGGACCUGCCAAAGCUAGAUGGCUUUCAGGCAAAAUUUAUACGAUCUCUGCUGCAGGUACCUAAUUGCGUCCCCAACUCCGUACUUCUGUUGGAAUCUGGUGAAUGCCCAAUUUCAGCUAGAGCGUGGUGGGCUGCCCUAAAACAUUGGCUCAGGAUUUCAGUUUUAAUCUAGAGAAGGGUCUGUACCAACAUUUGACCAAUGAGGAAUUUGUCAGCAAAUGGCAGAAAACCAUGGCUAAAAAGCCACCUCUAUUGGUCUGUCUCCCCCCCAACUGUAUUACCUGGGUUACGAAGGCGCCCAAAAGCGCCUUCUUUAAUCUUUAAAGCAAAGAUUAUGGGACAAUGCACACAGUGACUUGCGAUCUCGAUCACACACAGUCUGUAGUCCGCUGGCAGUAGGAGUUCAAUAUGGGUAUGUCUUUGAGUUAACAUCUUACAUCAAAAACCUGACAGUACCUAACUAUCGAAGGCUUUUCACCAAAGCCAGACUAAAUGUCUUCCCCUCUGCAGUGCUGGAUGGUAGGUUGAGAGGAGUUCCCUACCAGGACCGACUUUGCUCGUGUGCUCAAGACAUUGAUUCCAUAAAUCAUAUUUUGUUGCAUUGUGCAAAGUAUGAGCAGGCCAGGGCUGAACUGAUACUACCCUUGCUGGUCCCUUUCCCGGGAAAAUCAGAGGCUCACUAUGUCAGGUUCCUACUGAAAGACCGGACAAAAGCUAGAACGUUGGCAGUGGCAAAGUUUUUAUCGGUGGUUGCAAGAACAAAUGAGCCCUAUAUUCUAAACAAAAUGCUUGAUUAACCUGGAGGUAGGCUGUAUGAACUGUGUAUUGAUUUGUAAUGUUUUGUUGGGUCUCUGGACCGUAAUAAAGAUUGUUGUUGUUGUUGUUGAUUGAGGGUGCAAGUAGGUGAGACAGCUAGAGACCCAUGACCGCUCUGAGGUUUUAUUAUAAUCAAAUGAUAUAUAAACUUUGGGAAAUCAAAACAAAUGAAAUAAAUGAUCUGGGGAGGUUUAAAGGGCAAAUGCAACUACAGUACUAUGGCGGAAUGGUUAGAUGUAGAUGGGCCUCCCUUGUGUCCUUUCCUCAGGCUACAACCCCCAGCCCCAUUUCCCUGAUCCAAAUACACAGACCACCCCCAGCCCCCAAGCUGCUUCCCAUGGAGAAAAAUAUUCAGGUUCUAUGAUGGAACACAGAGCAGCUCCUUGACAAUGAGUGAUUUUGAUGGGGAAAAUACACAUGAGAAAGGGUCAAGCCCCUUUCCCUUAGUACCACAGCCCUGAUCUACCACCCCAUUUCCCAGGGCAUUUGCCUUUUUAAAAACCAAAGGAGAACUGAUCACAGCGCUCACACUAGUAGAUCUUGUUUGGUCUUUAGUGUGAUCGCCAAUGAAGUCUUACUCAGAGUAGUCUCAUUAAAUUCAAAGGACUCAAGUUACUGGAAUCCAUUGAUUUCAGUGUGUCUGAGCAGGUCUUAGUUGGGGAUAACCCUUAGUCUUUAAGAUGCCUAAAAACCUCUGUUUCUUCUGCAGCGGACUAGCAAGUUUGUCCCACUGAAAUUUGCUUGAGACCAGCAAGGAAGCAUCAGCUGUCAUGGAUACUUUUCACACUGCAUCUCAUUUCUGUCUCUUUCAGGAAUUGCACGCAGCUGAGGUGCGCAGAAACAAGGAGCAGCGGGAAGAGAUUUCUGGAUAAAGGGCUUUUCUACACAACUAGCACCUGCUUCCUAAUAACUAACAAACAAAACUCAACACUUUUUUUUUUUUGUCUAGAUGAGGCAACAUCUGAUUUCUCCAUUUCCAUUUCCCUCCCCCCACCCACCCUUCCCUCUGGUGUACCAAGCUUCAUAUCUCUCUCCUCUCUGUAUCCUUAACUUGUGGGGGUUCAUAGGGGCCUCUCAGCAGAAUAGCAACUAGUCCACAAACAUUAAAUAUAGAAUCCAUAAACCAGCUUCUCUUCGGGCUUUUCUUCAGGAAAAAAAAAAGAUAAACCUUAAAAUAAUGCACAAAAAUUAAGAUGACACGCUGAACAUAUUUGGCAAUGUUGUGAAGGUGAGGACUGUUCUCUAUGAAGCAUGGGCUGCUCUUGGUAGUUGUCUCAAGUGAAGCAACAGUGUGCAGUUGGACAAAGAGAAGCCUGUUCUUGACAAGUAGGGUAAUGGGCAAUUUCACAUGUUACAGGGUUUUUUAAAGACAUAAAUCUAGCUUUUAAAAGUACACCUGAAAUGUAAAGUGAGGGCAACACAGUUGAACCAGUAUUGGCUAUGGCUUCUUGCUGGGCAUUGCUUCAGUGGCAAUAUGUGUCUGCCACUCUGCAAUGUGUGAAAAGGACCUACUAAGCCCUUAGCUUUCUCUGUGGCUGAAGUAGGGACUGGAUGAUUGAGGGAUUUGGUUAGAAAGAGCCUCUUGCAGCUUAUUCCUUGCUUUCUGUUGUCUGAUUUGGAGCUGUUGGUAAAUUAACUUAGUAGUUCAGAGCCUGUUUAGCCUCAGACCUAAUCAUGCCUAUGAAUUGAACUAUGCUUUUAUUUUCACAAGAUUUCUCUUCAGGGCAAAGAAACUGGCUAGGCAAGGCCACUGCAUGAUCAAAAGUUCUGUGGUAAACAAGAGGUAUCUUGAAAUCUGGAGUAUUUCAGAUACCAGUAUUUCAUGUUGACUAUUCACAUCAUCAUAAAAGACACAAUGUGCAGGACUUUAGCUAAAUAUGGUAGUAAGCCACACCUCCCCCGAAGGAUGGAAGCAUCUUGUCAGUAGCAUUACAGGAGGCAGAACUGGAGUACAGAUCACACACCUUUGUUUUUUUCAGGUACUAUAUUGUAAAGGACAUAAAACCCUCUGUCACCAUCUCUGAUCGUUGUAACUUCCUAUAAGUAAGGAGGGCAGACUGCCUAGGAAAAGUAACAGGGAGGCAUGGUAGAACAUGUGCAUCUGUGUUAAUUGUGACGUUUCAGAGAUACAAACGUGAAAGCAACUGAAUAUUUUUUAUUUCAAUAGUGCCUCCCCGCCAAAAGUAAAGCUUAUGAUUCUGCAUAGCUAGUAGAAAUGUUCAAAUACAAUCUUCAGCGGUCCAAAGGUCUGUUGGAGCCAAUAUACACAUUCCCCUAAAACAAUUGGGUCCAAAAAUUACCCAACUUUAAAUAGCAAAAUAGAUCCUUGGCACCAUCAGUUGUCAAUAUUAUUCACUUAAUUGAUAACCCUCCUUCUUGCUCAUGGUAUUAAAACAAUCAAGAUGCAGAAAUUAAAGGCAGUGUUAUGCUUUCAAAAUUGUAAUGAAAUUAAAAAAAACUGCAACCAGAAAAACCAAAAACCACCCUAAUCUUCCUCAGUCCCUAAAUGCCUGAUGGGAGAAAAGGGCUUUAUCCUACCUUUUUCAAAAGUUAAAACAGUAAACAAAUUUAAAAUAAAGGUUUUCUAGCACAUGCAUGUUUAAAUAGCUGGAUCCAGCCCCCUUUCUCAAUAAAACAGAAGCAGCCACAAUUGAGAAAAGAUGUAAGGAAAGGGCAAUCACUCAGUGUUUAGAGCAUCUGCUUUGCAUGCAGAAGGUCGCAGGUUCAAUCCCUGGCAUCCCUUUGCCUUGUCUGAACUCCUGGAGAGCAGCUGCCAGUCUGUUUCCGGAAUACUAAGCUCAAUAGGUCAAUGGUUCGACUUAGUAUAAGGCAGUUUCAUAAGUUCCUAGCUUUUGCUUUUAUAUUAAUUUCAGGGAAAGCCAGCCAUUCAAAUAUGCAUAUGCCAUUCCAAGUGCGUGUGUUUUGACAUUUAAAUCCAGAUAACUUUUCUUUUUUAUAGUGGAAUUUAAAAAAUAAAGCAUGCCUCGCCCAUUAGGCUGGACAUGGCAUUGGCUCGGGGGUGAGGUAUGUGUGGUCAGCCUCCCACUCUGCAGUUCAGUGGGUGGCCUUUUCAAGUUAUUGUCUCUCAGCCUAAAGAAUGCCACCUGGUUGCUGAGAGGGUUAAGAAAAAGUCAACCACUAUAGAAAUGAUGUGCCUCAUGGCACAUUGUGCCAUACCCCAGGGAAGGGGGGGGUGCUCCCUAUUUCCCCUGGACCCAUAGCUAAGGGGUCAAAGAAGGCACUGACUCCCCUCUAGUCUGCUGCAAGAAUGACUUUAUUUCAGGUCUUCUACUUCAGCAGGCCAGCCUCUGCCAUGCCCCAGGUUGCUCUCAACAGCAAGUGCAGCCCUUCUGUAGGCCUCCUCUCCUUGGGUCCGUGGCUUCCAUACUGUUGGCCUUGGCAGACUUAAGCCCAGGACUUCAAUGUGUUUGUGUGGAGGAAGGGAGGCCAGGUAAACUAUUCCCUCUUUGGCUUCACUGAGUGGGGCUUAAGGAGUCUGAAGAUGGCCCCUGGCAAGGAAACAAGGGCAGCCUGUUUCCUGAACUUCCACUGCCCCACUUCCCCAUCUCUGAGGCUUUUAAAUGUCCUCCAGGUUCCCCCACCUUUCAUUCCAGCUGAGGCCCAGCAGCUGCCCUGCUUCGCCUCCCUCUAGCAGAUGAAUAAGAGCCUUGCCUAGCUCCUUCCAGAACAGGUGGAACCUCCUGGCAAUGUCCAACUAUUGCCUCCUCAGCAGCUAUUGCACGGUUGGCGCUUGGUGGUGGGGAUUGGGGCCUUCUUAAAGUACUGGCAAAGGUCUAAGAAGGCCCGGUGGCCCAUCACAGACAUGGUUGGAUGAAUGCUGGUUCUAAUGCAACAUCCAGUCUGACAGGAAGAGGUUUAUUGUAGGCAGAGCUUUAAGGUAGGGCCAACUGUAUACAUAUUUGCUCAAAAGCAAGGCCCACUGAGUUCAAUGAGGAUUGUAUCUUAGUUUUGUGUGCAUAAGGUUGCAGUGCCCACAGCUAAACGUGUUGUGUUUUUAAAGCAUUUUUUGGGUAAGUCGGGGGCCCAGGUCUGUUCCUUCAAAAGUACGUCCUGUGGAGUGAGUUUUCACAGAUGAGAUCAAAAGGAACAGUGUAGGGAGCCAGUGCUCUGUAGGAAGGAAAGGAAUCGGCACAAUUUGGGGCAGAGUAUGAUGUCAAUCUGCUGUUACAUCUAGAGAGCUCUCCAUGAUACAUUUCUGGCAUAUUGUAUAGUGCAUGUGUACAGGGAAAAGAUGGGACCAAAACUAGAGAGUAGUGCAAAGGAAUCAGGAUGUGCUAGACGGAUUUUAAUUUUAAAACAGACUUGGGAAGCCUGCAGAAGAAAACUGUUUACAAAUACAAGUGGUAUUUCAAAAUACUAGGAUUAUCAACAUUCCCUUUCUAACAACUCUUUCUAACCUAUUGAUAUGUCACUGAGACCAUUUGGUAGCUUGGGAGUUUUUCAUCUGUCACAUGAUGAAUCCUUCAUGUCCCAUAAGCCAAAAGGUGCUUUGUUAACCACUAAGACAGUCCUCUUCAGUGCACCAGAAGCACGGAAAGUGGGGGUAGGCCUUUAAUCUCUUUAAGUAAUAUAAUCUAGUUCAGAUUGAAGAUCUGCCUCCUGCCAGUUCCAGCAGAGUCACCCUAGUUAAUCUCAUGACACUCCAGUUAUUUAAGUAGUUACUGUGUGGGCUAGAGAAUGAUCCUACCUGUAUGCAAGGCUGUUUCUUUGGCUACUCUUAAGUACCUCUUAGAUAGCACUUUUAGUACAAAGGGCAUUGCAAUGCAAUUUUUUGCGCCCUGUAAAAAAUUCAUCCUUAUUCCAGUUUUUAAGAUGAAAGCUAAGGCUGAGAGACAAUGACUGUCCACAAUCAAAGAUACAAUUCAGCCUACAUCAAACUAAGUUCAACCUGCAUUGGCCAUAGAUCCACAUUGGUUCCAAAAUCUUAAAGAGUUCCCACUGAAGGAAGGGCCUGAAUUGUGGAGCACCAAAACUUACUCCAAUGCCAGCCCCAACAGUGAAAAUAAGUAUUUUGUCCUUGAGUAGGUAUUGCUACAUACUAGCCUAGUAUCUCUCCCUCUGACUAUUCCUUUCUUUUUGUUUUCCUGGAUCUGCAAUGAUUCCAUUCUUUGUGGUUUCUGGUCAGAACUCAGUUGUGCCUUUUCAGACAUCAGGUAAGCGGUUUGAUGACCCAUGUGCCACUUUGGGGGCACCAAUGUUGUCAGUGACAUCAUGUUGUAGAUGCUUCCCCCUCCUUCUCCUAGUGUCUCUCUUGUCUAGGUUGUACUAUUACUUCCUCUUUGGUGGUAAGGGUUCUUAUGGGAACUGCUUCUCUUUGAAAUUCAGAAAUGGGGUAAGACAAUUUCUUUUCUAGUAGAAAAGGCCUUUACAGCCAUAUUGGAGCCAUAGUUCUCAAGCAUGACUACUGUGUGCCUCCUGGAUUCAUUAGAAGAAAAAUCUAGACUGGAUAGACCCCCAAGGUCCAUGGAACCAUUAGGGAAGCCAUCUGGGGCAGGUGAGCAUUCAGCCAACUGAUCCAGUCAAGGCACAGACAAAAAUUGGCUGGAAGUCAGGUGGAGCUGUGCCCCUUCCCCAGCACACAUCCUGCCUUUCACUUGGGAGUACCAGGGCAUUAGCAGAAAAGCUUUGUUUCCAAAGAAAGGGGCCAUGUCACAAUGAAAUGUCUGUUCAGAGGCUCAGAAAGAAAAUAGAAGCAUCAUCCCAGGGGUGGCAAGACAGGUGCUUGGAGCCAGGAAAGAAUUGGGCUUGAAUGUCUGAGCUAUUGCAUCAGUUUCUAAAUAGCAGCCAUCCUAGAAAAGCACCUGUGUAUAACGCAGAAUCAUCUCAUCCAUGCUAUAGUGAUGAUAGUUUAAAAUGUUAAAUAAAUUUUAAGGAAAAAUAGAGUUUGUGUGUAAGAAGUGGUUGCAGUCCUCAGUGCCCAUGUCCUCUGGUGGGACCUGGGAAAAUGUCUGCAAGAUGUUAACGAUGUCUUAUUUGCUGUGGUGCUGGGUGUUUGCUUGGUGUGUACUUCUGACUUGCUGUAAAUACUGUUUUUAGUACUAUGGUUAUGAUGGCUGAUAUUGAUAAUAAUGGUGACAACAACUAGAAAUGUCAUAGUCAUGAGCACAAGCUCAAAAGCAGCAUUCACUCUGGUAGUUAUCCAUUUUGCAUCAAAAGCAUUUAGAGUCAAGCAUGGAACCUAGUUUGUCAUUGGAGAACAACGUCUACCUGAGCUGUACCACUUCAGGCUGCAACU